AGUUCCAGCGUAAGAUUGUUUACAUUUUCUUGACGGGUGCAUUUUGACGACCGGUUAAGUUUAGCCAAAAUCAACUCAACAACAGCGACUAUAAGAAAAAUUGGAUAAAAAAAUAUUGUUAGUGAAACUAAAUUACUCGACUGUUAAAAAAACGAGAUGUGAAAUAUAUGUUGUAUGUAUUAAAUUGGCAAGAGGUUAAAUGAGAUGGUCAGAUGAAGUCGUACACGAUUAGUUGCCUUCUAUUGACUGCAGUUGUAUGCUAUGCCACCCCAGGGACAAAGAAUAUACACAAAGACUUCAGUGCUGAUGUCAAUGCAAUUGAUAAACCUGGUGCAAGUUAUUUAUCUCCGCGUUCAAAUGAACCAGAGGUGAAAGUUCCAGUUAAAGAAGUAGAUGCAAAGCUUCAGUCUGAUUACGAGUUUCAUGGCUUCAGUAAAGAAAGUGAUGAUCCAGAUGACGACGACUAUCUGGAUGAAGACGAUGAAUUAUUAAAUGGAGAUAUCAAAGGAACCAAUGAGACUAUGGGAAACGAGACUCCAACCAAUCCCACAGCAGGGAAUAAAGAUGGAGAACUAGGAAACCCAGUGGUUCCCAGUAGUUCAGACACCAGUGUCACUGAAAAUGUGGGCAGAAUGCCAGGAAGAAAUGAAAGUGGAUUAAUUGGACCAUCCGGGAAAAUCAAUGAUCAAAUUACUCUCGAAAAUAACCAUCCAACUACUGAAGCGAUGCUUAAAACUUCUGAACAGGCUUCAAGCUCAAAUAUUCAACCGACAAAUAAAAUUAUUACAGACAGUUUAAAUGGACCCACGAGCCCAAAAGAAGGGACUGGUUUGCAAAAUAAUAACAAUGAACAAAGACCAAAGUUUAGUAAUCCUGAACAAUCCUCAAAUCCUAACGUUCAGCCAACAAAUGAUAUCAACACAGCCAGUAUGAAUCAACCAACGGAAGAAGCUCGUUUGCAAAAUGGUAACAAACAAAACACAGGUCCGUUGUUUAGAGAUUAUGGUCAAACUCAAAAUUCCCAUUCUGUAAACGAGGCAAGCGAAGGUAAUAGAAUCAAUGACAAUGAGCAACGUUUGCAUGAGCAGGGAAAUAAUCUAAAGGCAGUUCAAGGAAACAACGAAAAUACACAACAAAACUUGGGAGGAAAUACGCAGACUGGAGCAGGAUAUGAAGAUAAUGUUAAUGCUGAUCGUUCACCGGAAAGCUCUGAUCAAAACGUAGAUUCAUUUCCUCAGACAAACCCACAAAAUCAAAAUUCCAACAUGGCAGAUAACCAACAAACAUCAAGUAAUUCACGUCAAGCGGACAUUGGAACUUCAUUGGAAGCAACGGGAAAGCCAGAAUACAUUACACCGGAUCAAAGCAAGACUACACAUGAAUGGAAUGAUCAUGACAUUCAGGGAAAUGAUAAAACAUCAACACAGGAUGAAAAAGAAGGAAAUAUACAACAAUGGCAAACACAAACAAAUUCAAACAAAGGCGAUACUGAACCAGUCAAUGAUGAUCAACAAAUAACCAGCUCUAAUAACAACAUCGAUGCUGAAGGCUUCGCACCACAGACGACCCACAGUUGGGGUAGAAGCAAAUCUGGUGAAAGUUUAAAUACACAGAAAGAGUUUAGCAGCUCCAAAGAUCAAACCAAAUACAUAACAAAAGAAACAGCUGAUAAAUCAACACAAGGAAUACUCGAUACUUCGACGGAACAAAAUAAUUUAGCAAAGAAAACUCAUAAAGUUUCUUCUAAGAUGCAACAAACGAACAAUCGUGAAGAAAAUAAAAAUAUAGAUUCACAAACCACUAAUGAAAGAACUUACGAGGAAGAUGAUCCCACCAGGAAAGAAAAUUCACUUCAGAAUCAAAGUGGAGUUGUUGAAAAUAAUUCUGACAGGGAACAAGAUAGAGAGUUCAAGGAAAUGUUCAAUGAAGGAAGAAAUAGCAGGGGAAAAGAAGAAGGCAUAUACAAUAGUAAAUUAGAUAAAAACUUUAUUGAACAAGAGGACAAAAACUCGCGUACAAAGCUGAGAGAUGAAAAUUCAGAUGGCGAUAGUGUUUUGUCAAAUUCCAGCGAAGAUGUCCAUCUGAAUGACGAUUCUAAAAGGGUGAAUGAAAUGGACAGUGAUGAUGAAGAGGAUUAUGAUUCCACGAGUCUAAAUACAGAUAAAGAAAAGCCAUCUUUUAACAGUAAUGGCGAGAAUGAAGUUGGAAGCAAUGGAAAUAAUGCGCUGCUAAAUAAUAAUUUAAAAGGAGAAAAUAUAAAACAAUUAAAUAAUGACGGCGACAGUUUAUCAGAUAUAAUUGACUUGCCUGAUGGGAAAAUAGGACACCAAAAUUCAACAUAUCAGGGCAAGAAUAUUGAGUCUGAGAGGAUGGUGCAAGAUGAUCGUGAGAGAAUCAGAGAAGACGAAAAACAAGAUUCAUCGUUCAAUGAACAAAACUUUCACACGGUUCGAAGCAAGAAUUGUUUAAAUGCUCAGGAACCAGGCUGCGGUGACUUAAUAAAUAACAGGAAACAACAUCGUGGUCGUUUGAUUAUGAAAAACACUUGGCAAUCAGGAGGAGGAAAUACAGGUGGGGGAGCCGGAGGUAAUUGGGGUGGUGGUGGAAGUUCAGGUGGAGGGGGUGGGGGAGCUGGAGGUAAUUGGGGUGGUGGUGGAAGUUCAGGUGGAGGGGGUGGGGGGACUGGAGGAAGUUGGGGAGGAGCGGGUGCUGCUGGUGGUGGUAGAGCAGGUGGGGGAGGUGCAGGAGGUGGAGGAACAGCAGGCGGAGGUGCUAGAGGUGGGGCUGGAGGAGGUGCUGCAGGUGGAGGAAGUGUAGGUGGGGGAGGAUUUGCUGGUGGAGGAAGCACAGGUGCUCAAGGAGUUGCUGGGGGAGGUGCUGCAGGUGGAGGAGGUUCAGCAGGUGGAGGUGCUAGAGGUGGAGGAGGCGCAACAGGAAAUGGGGCUGGAGGGGGUGCUAGAGGAGGUGCAGGUGGUGCAGCAGGUGGGGCUGGAGGGGGUGCUGCAGGUGGAGGAGGAGCAGCAGGAGGAGGUGCUAGAGGUGGGGCUGGAGGAGGUGCUUCAGGUGGACGAGGUGCUGCAGGAGGAGGCGCUAGAGGUGGGGCUGGGGGAGGUGGGGCUGGGGGAGGUGCUGCAGGCGGAGGAGGUGCUGCAGGCGGAGGAGGUGCAGCAGGAGGAGGUGCAGCAGGAGGAGGCGCUAGAGGUGGGGCUGGAGGAGGUGCUGCAGGUGGAGAAGGUGCUGCAGGAGGAGGCGCUAGAGGUGGGGCUGGAGGAGGUGCCGCAGGUGGAGGAGGUACUGCAGGUGGAGGAGGUGCUGCAGGAGGAGGUGCUAGAGGUGGGGCUGGAGGAGGUGCUGCAGGUGGAGGAGGUGCUGCAGGUGGAGGAGGUACUGCAGGUGGAGGAGGUGCUGCAGGAGGAGGCGCUAGAGGUGGGGCUGGAGGAGGUGCUGCAGGUGGAGGUGCUAGAGGUGGGGCUGGAGGGGGUGCUGCAGGUGGAAGAGGUGCUGCAGGUGGAGGAGCUGCAGGUGGAGGAGCUGCAGGUGGAGGAGGUGCUGCGGGUGGAGGUGCUGCUGGUGGAGGAGCUGCAGGUGGAGGUGCUGGAGGGGGAGGAGCAGCAGGUGGAGGAGCUGCAGGUGGAGGUGCUGCAAGUGGAGCUGCUAGAGGUGGGGUUGGAGGAGGUGCUGCAGGUGGAGGUGCUGGAGGGGGAGGAGCUGCAGGUGGAGGUGCUGGAGGGGGAGGAGCUGGAGGUGCUGGAGGAGGUGGAGCUGCAGGUGGAGGUGCUGGAGGGGGAGGAGCUGCAGGUGGAGGAGCUGCAGGUGGAGGAGCUGCAGGUGGAGGUGCUGGAGGGGGAGGAGCUGCAGGUGGAGGAGCUGCAGGUGGAGGUGCUGGAGGGGGAGGAGCUGCAGGUGGAGGAGCUGCAGGUGGAGGUGCUGGAGGGGGAGGAGCUGCAGGUGGAGGAGCUGCAGGUGGAGGUGCUGGAGGGGGAGGAGCUGCAGGUGGAGGUGCUGGAGGAGGAGCUGCAGGUGGGGGAGCAGCAGGAGGUGGUGCAGGUGGGGGAGCAGCAGGAGGAGCUGCCGGAAGAGCAGGGGGUACUACAGGCUCAAAUAAUGCAGUUUCAGCAAUGCUGGAUAUUAUAUUCCUUAUCGAUGCUUCAACAAGUGUCCAAAUUGUCAACUUUGGCAAAAUAUUGAUGUUUGUAAAAUCUGUGAGCCAUGGUUUCACAUAUGGUUUUCAUGAGACAAGAAUUGGAGUUAUAAAGUUUGGUGAAGAUGCCAGAAUAUUAUUUGGAUUUUAUUGUUGUGGUGAUCUGAAAGCAUUCGAUAAAACAGUUGAACAACAAAUCCUGAAUUAUAAACCACCAUCUAAACCCAAGAACACGCCAGCUGGUACAAUAGGAAAAGGACUACAGUUGGCCUGGUAUAUGUUCAAUGGUCCUACCGGGCGACGCUAUGUGCCACAAGUAUUGGUUGUCCUAACCUCAGUUACUUCAGCAGAUGAUGUUAUGGCACCAAGCCAACAUCUUCGGAGUUCUGGUGUUGAAAUAUUUACAAUUGGUGUCGGAAAAGAUUACAGUCAGAGUGAAAUAUUAGAGAUAAGCAGUCUACCAACAUUCAUGCACGUCUUUCGUGUAAAAGAGUUUAGUGAUUUAGCCAAAAGGGCACAGUUAAUUAGAGACAGAAUAGUGAGAACUAUUCAGAUUCAAACAUGUGGCAUGUGCAUCAAUGAUCCAAGUCGUAUGAGAAGUGAUCCUUAUUGUAUUCAGUUUUGCCAAGUGACUUCACCUCUUGGGGCAGGGAUGAUGGCAUUAAUGCAGUUUGCCUUAGACAAACCAAGCGAGUUUAAAACAUCCGGUGAAGCAGUCCAUCUCAUUGCACAUUUUUACCCUAAUAGAUUGAAAGCAAUGGACACAUUCUACAAUGUUUUAAGCCAAGGAAAAGGCGAUAUGAAUGUUCCAUUACUUAAUGGAUUUGAAAAUGGUGUGAACUCUGGACCAGAAUCGGACGAAGACAUGAAAUAUAACAGCAAAAAUCAGAAAGAUGCUACAUCUGUUGUUAUGGACAUUAUCUAUGUCCUUGAUGCAUCAAGAAAUGUUGGCAAGGGAAACUUCAAGAAAAUGAUUGACUUUGUCAAGGAUUCAUCUAAGAAAUACAGAGUUUCAUUUGAAGAAGCACAUGUAGGAGUGAUUACAUUCAAUGAUGAUGCUCGUAUUCAUUUUGGUUUAGUCUGCUGUCAUUCCAAAAAAGAGCUUGAUAAAUCACUGGAUGAUUUGUUUAAACAAAUCAAGGUUGGAACACCGGGAAAAGAUGCACCAGCUUCUAUGUUGGGCAGAGGUCUAUCACUUGCAUUGACUUUAUUCCAAGGUCCAUCUGCGCGUGCAACAGUUCAGCAUGUGUUAGUGGUCAUAACAGCAACAACUGCUGCAGAUGAUGUCUAUACACCAAGUCAACGGCUAAAAACUGCUGGAGUUAAUGUUUUUGGAGUAGGGGUCGGAAAAGACUUUGGCAAAUUAGAUCUAAUACACAUUGCAAGUGAACCAAUGUUCCGUCAUCUUUUCAAGAUUGAUGAUUAUUCCCAGUUAAAACAACGUUAUGAACUGUUUGUAGACAGAGUUAUCAGAGAUAUUCAAAUAAAGACUUGUGGAUUCUGUAUUGACAAUCCAACCCUAAUGAGGACUAAUGAUUACUGCAUGAAACAUUGUCAGGAUGGUAUGUCUAUUGGUGGAGGAAGUUUUGAAAUGGCAACUGCUCAAUUUAGCUCACCAAGAAAUGAGGAAUUAUUAGAGUUUACAAAUCUGUUAGCACAUCGUUAUCCUAAACGAAUGAAGGCAUUUGAUGGAUUCCUAGCUAACGAGGCUCAAAAUGUAUGCGAUGACAUUUACUUUGAAGAGUGUCAGUCUAUGUCUAAAGAAGGGAUGUGUAACUCAGUGGAAGGUCAAAUGAAUCCUGUCAUACGAAAAUAUUGUCAGAAGUCAUGCUCGGCGUGUGCUGCGGGGGAUGAGAUGAACCAUGAUAUGCAUGUGGCAAUGGGAAUGAACACCAAUUCUGGUGGUGUUGACACAAAUGCUGGUAUGAGCGGAGAAAAAGGAAUGCCAGGAACAGAGAUUGGUGGUAUUAAUCAAGAGAAAAGUAUGCGUAUGAAUAAUGGUCAAAACUUUGCAACUGGUGCCGACUCCGGAAUGGAAUUUGGUAUGGGAUAUGGUAAUAUGGGAAGAAGUGGUAAUCUGGGUAAUGCUAUGGGCGAUGGGUAUGGAAUGGGUGGUAAUAACAUGCAAGGUAUAGACAUGAGAAUGUAUAUGGGUACCAUUAAGAGAAGCAAGGUGAAUGAGAGAACAAGAUAGAACUUGUUAGUUUCUGGAUUUACCAGAUGGUAAUCAGAUGGCGAGCAACAUAUGAUUUAUAUCCACUGGUUUUCAACUUGUAUGGAAUAUGAAGCAAUUGACUACAUCAACAUUCAUAAGUUGACAACUAUCUGCAGUCCCAUUAAAUGCACUGAAAAGCAUUCAUGCAUUGCAAAUUGUAUGAAAAUUAUAUAUAUUUAUGU